UUGUUGGCUCUUCUUCUUCCCCCAAUUCGGAAGAGCGCGCUGCUAACAACAAAACACCCAGUGACCAUACCCGCGAUAUCAAUUAUCAAAAAAAUUCGAUAUUCCCAAACUUUUACCUUAAAACUUCACCAUGUCGCCAAAAAUCAAGUUCAUCAAAAGAAUGGAGAGUUAUUCGCGAAAAUUAAUGGAAUGUAGUGCAACUCCAGUGGUCUGCUCGAAUAGAGGUCCCUUUAUUCAGGCUACAUGCCAAACAGAGGGACCACUAAACAUUAGACGAAGAAGACGGCGCAAGGCACACUUCGAUAAACUAGCGCCACAAGACGGAACGCAGCAAAAUGUUUGUAAACAGCUGACGUGGGUGUCUGCCGCGAGGGGGCGCUCGCGCAUCAUUGUUGGCAUUGCCAGUCGCGAGUGGUGGAAAUGCUGCCCUGCAAACGCCAUAUUUAAUUCUGCCUGUUUUAAUAAAACGCGAAGAAAGUCGGAAUUUUCACGCAAAUACCAUGCUCAAUUGCGUUUAAAGUGUGUUCAAAGGAACUGUUUUAUAAUGUUUUAACUUUUGAAGGAAUUCGAAACGAUUGAGCUAAAGGAGCGGCUCCCACGCAGUUGCGUUUUUGGAAAGUCCGGAGGUAGCGAGAAAUGGAGCAGUAUAUUGUUCCCAUCGAAGAGCCCGUCUACUCGGAUCUGCAGGUAGUGCAAGUGCCCCAAGACGAGGUGGGGUCGCUGGUCCUACAGGAUGACCAGCAAUUGGUGUUCAAUGAUCAGCAGCAAGUGGUGUACCAAACAGCAGCUCCGGCGCAAUACCAACCGGCCCAGGCCCCUCCUGCGCCGACAUACCACAUCAUAGGAGGCGACGAUGUGGCCCAGCAGCAGCAACACCAACAACAGCAGCAGCAGCAACAACAGCAACAGCAGCAGCAGCAACAACAAGUCGUGAUGCACCACCAGCAGCACCAAGUGCAGCAGGUCCAUUACCAGCAACAGCAGGAUCCGCAACAGCAGCAGCAGCAGCAGCAACAACUGCACCUGGAGCAACAGCAACAGCAGUACGUUCAGCACCAGCAGCAGCCGCCCGCCCUCCAGCACACGCAGCAGAUUUAUUACACUUCUGAGCAAGUGCUGCAAUCGAACGCGAUUGUUCAGCACAUGCAGCAGCAGCAGCAGCAGAAGAAACAGCAGCAAGUGCUGCAGCAGCAACAGCAGCAGCAGUACCAGCAGCACGCGCCCUCCUACCAGGUUCAGGCCAGUCCGCAGCCUCCCCAGUUGCUGCAGAGCCCCCAGCAGCAGCACCAGCAAACGCAGCAGACGCAAACGCUGCAGCUGCAAACAUCGCCCAGCCAGCCGCAACAGCAGCCGCAGCAGCACCAGCAGAUCGUCUACCGCAUGACCACCACGCCCCAGCAGCAGCGGCCCAUCAGUAUGCUAAACAACACACACGUGAUUGUCCAACAGCAGCCAGUUCUGAUCCAGGCUCCGCAGCACCAGGAGCUGAUUAUGCGCCAGGCCACCGCCAUCCAUCCGUAUAACAACCGAGUCGUGUACGCCACCUCCCCGCAACAGCAGCAACAACAGCACGUCCUGCAGCAACACGUUCAGCAGCAGCAGGUGCAGCAGCAGCAAGUCCAGCAGCAGCAGCAGCAGAUGCAACUGCAGGCCACGGCGCAGACAGCUCACCUAGUCCAAACCCGCGUGGUGCCGCAGCAAACCCAGAACGUUGUCUACCAGCAGUUGCAAGUUCAGAAAGUGCCUCAACAACAACCCCAGCAACAGGCGCAGGGCCCGCAACAGCAGCAGCAGCCGCAGCUGGUCACGCAGCAGCAACCCCAACUCGUGGCCACUUCGGUCGCUGGAGGAGGAACGCAGUUAGUUCGCGCUUCGUUCAGAGCGAAGUCUCCGCGAGGAGGAGCGGUUCUGACCAGGCCAGGGACUUUAAUCACCACCAGGCCCACUCUGACGCCCACGGCUAUCGUGAGACAAGUGCGGCCGAGAGGAGGAGGAGCAGGAGCAGUGGCAGGAGGCAUCGUCCGGGGAAUGCGACCGACCGGCGUGAGACCCAGGGCUCAGUUUGUGGUGGCGCAGGCCAGCGGAGCCGAGGGCCAGACUAUGCAGAUUGUGACACAGGCCCCCAUGAAGCAGAUCACCAUCAGCACGAACGUCGGACAGGCGCAGCAACAGCAGCUGCAGCAGCAGCCGCGGCACAUCUACCGGACGCACAUGGUCGCCGAUGGAGGGCAGCAGCAGCAGCAGCAGCAGCAACACAUGCUGAUGAUGCGACAGUCCCCGAUUCGGUACAGAGCUCCGGUCUCCCUGACCUCAGCAGUGCCCGCCCCCGUUCCAACUCCAGCGGCCUCCACCAAUGCUCCGCCCCAGCCAUCUGGGAGCAUUGGGAUGGAUUUGGAGGAGAGGAUCCAGGCGGCCGUGCUGAAGAAGGAACAGCAAAAGCCACCGCCCCCCAUACAACCAGUCGCUCCCAUCCAGAUGCAACCCAUGCAGAUUGGAUCGGGCACCACCCUGACCACGUUUUAUCCUGGAAACACUGCUUCCCAGGAGGAGGAUCAGCAGCAGCAGCAGCAACAGCAACAGCAGGUGGUGCAGAACACCAGCCAAGUGGUGCGCUCCGCCAGCGGGCCCAGCAUGACCUUGGCCGAGUUUAAGAAGCGGACAACACUGACAGCCUCCCCAGCACCGGUGGCCGGAUCGAGUCCGGGACUGUCGCCGUUGCGGCCAUCGUCUGCUGGAACCCUAAUACGUCCUGCGUCCAAGCUGACGCAAUCUCCACUGCCACUCGGAACGAGGAUCAUGCAACCUCAACGAGCAGUUCCAGCACCCGUUCCCGCCCCCGUUCCGCAGCCAUCCGGCACCCAACAAGGUGCCGGCUCCGGCUCCGGCUCCUCCGUGCAGCAAACUUCGCACAACAACUACGAAAUACACUCGCAGCACGUCCUCAACAACCGAGCUGGCCAGGCCAUAGCCGAUCGGGACAGGAACAGUGCCAAAAUGCUGGUCAUCCUGGCCAGCGGCGAACAACGACUGAUAACCUUUACUUUACCGAGGGAGUCCUGCACCGUGCAGGAUCUGCUCGAGCAAGUCGGCGUGCCCUUCGACAAUACCACCACCAUCCAGUGCGUGGAGCACCGGGGUGCUAAUGUGGACUUCGUGGUCACAGUGGGAUUCUCUGUGAACGAAUCGGCGAGUGAGCUGAUUUCCCGGGCUGAGGAGAGCCUGCAGAUGAACCGCCAGCCGGAAAGUAACCCCCAAUCCGGCGGAGCUUCCAACAACUCCACGAGUGUCUCGCCAUCCUUCGCCCAGGCGAAUGCAGCCGCCGAGCAGGCGAAACGCGAGGCAGCCAGUUCCUCUGCCGGCAACCAACCCAGCACCCCAGCAGCUGCCACGGCUGGAACCAAUGCGUCCGGUCCCACGGCAAGCAGGAAGCUCAUUGACGGAUUUCUGGCCGUCUGCCAGCAGUGCGGCUUCACUGGAAUGGAUCAUGCCCGCUGUGAUCGCUGCAAGCGCGUCUUCUCGGAGCCCCCGAAACGAAAAUCCUACAUCCUCAAGUCGAGUGCCGCCUCCUCGCCAGCCUCCUCGACCUCCAGCGAGCCGGUCACGACGGUGUCAGCUGUGGUGGUGGAAAAGAAGAGGGAAAUGGUGGCGGCGGCCCGUUUCAACAAACAGUUGGCCGGAGUCACCUACGGCACGGGAGUUGGUGUGGGACCCCGUGGCAGAGGGUCGCUAACCUUGCGCGGAGGGAGAUCCCGGGGAGGCAGACGUGUGGCCGAAGUAGAUCCCGUCGUGCUUCUGAGCAGCGAGGAUGAGGCCGAUGCCGACGAAGGAAGGGCUGACUCUGGAAAUGUGCCAUCCAACAAUUCCAAAAUAAACUCCAACGGCACUCUGCACCAAAUGUCCACUUCUUUCGCCUGUGAACCAACUCUCCCCGAAAUCGAUGAGGAACCUCUGUACAAAGAUUUUACUCGCGGCGAUGUUCUUGAUCUGUCCGACGUGCAGGAGGCGGAGAAGUUCUCGACGUCCUUGAUCUGCUGCUCCGUGCGUCUGGUGCCCUACCGCUUCGAUGUGACCGAGCCGAUCUACUUCACCGCCAAGGGCAUCCGAAUCUCCGGCAUUGUGCAGGACAAGGAGAACGACAAGGACGAGAAGUUCACGCUCAACAUAUACAAGCACGAGGUAAUCAAGGUAAUCGCACACUUCGGAAAUGUGGACAAGGCGCAGCCGCUGGUCACGCUCUACUUGUUGAAAACCUGCGCUCAGUACGUCAAGUCCCAGCUGCAUCUGCCCGACGAUCCCCCGCAUGAACCCACUCCCUUUAAGUCACACAGCUCGGUGCACACGCGGCGCUUGAUCCUGCUCUUCGACAGCAUAUCCCUUUCGGCCCGCGAGACCAUCAAGUCCAUGUUCAGCUGCCUGGACGAGAUUUCAGCCACGGACGCGGCCGAGAUCCUCGAGCGAAUAGCCGACUCGGAUCGCAAGGCGCUGGACAAGAGCACGCAGCCCACCUCGCGACAGCUGAGAGCCGACGAGCAGGUCAAUCUGCUGAUGUAUCCACCGAAGGGAACCGGCAGCUUGUGCAUUCGCAUGGAGGACUAUGUGUGCCUCACAAAGGAGUCGUACCUCAACGACAUCAUCAUCGACUUCUACCUACUGUGGCUGCGCAACAAUCUGAUCCCAGAGGCCCAGCGCGAGAGGACGCACAUCUUCAGCACCUUCUUCUACAAGAGAUUGACGACGCUGACCCGCCCGGCUGACAUGAAGCAGACGGCGGCCCAGAAGCGCCACGCCAGGGUGCAGAAGUGGACGAAGCUGGUGGACAUUUUCGACAAGGACUUCAUAAUAGUGCCCAUCAACGAGCAGUCCCACUGGUUCCUAGCCAUCAUAUGCUUCCCCAACCUCAAGGGCCCUGUUACCUACGAUACCAACCAGCCCGUGGAACCGCAGCAGCUGAAGAGGCCGCGCGGGAAGAAGGUUUCCCUGCAGAUUGGAAACACGACCAUAACCCCGCUCUCGAAGAGGGACGGAGGUGCGCUGCCGGCCUCCCUCACGGCCGAUAAUAUUUGCAGGAUAGCGGACGACGAGAGCGAAAGGGACGAGGCGGAGGGCGAUGACAGCGACAUGGCCUCGGACGACAGCGAGAACUCGAAUUCGGCCAAGGAACCGGCAGCCAGUGCUGCCAAUACUCCCACCAGCACACCAACUGCGACUUCCCAGCCCGCAUCCAGCGGGCCAGCGAGGGCAGGAAAACAGGAUGACGUGCCUGCUGUCAAGCAGCCACUCAUCCUGAUAUUCGACUCGCUGGCCGGUGCCUCCAGGAGCCGGGUGGUAGCCACUCUGCGAGAUUAUCUCACCUGCGAGUACCGCGUGAAGAAGCCGGAUGCGCAGGCGCACGUCUUCAACAAGGACAACAUGCCGGGUCACUGCGUGAAGGUGCCGCAGCAAAACAACUUCACCGACUGCGGGCUGUACCUCCUGCAGUACGUGGAGCACUUCUUCAGUGACCCCAUCCGAGACUACAGGCUGCCCAUCAAGCAGCUGACCAACUGGUUUGACUUCCUUACGGUGACGAAGAAGCGCGAGGACAUUGCCAAUCUCAUCCAGCAGCUGAUGGACGAGGGCGACAAGCAGCAACAGCAGCGACGCAUCCUGCCCGUCAUCGAGUUUCCCACUCUCAAUGGGCAGCUGGUGGAGUAUCCGGAGGAUACCGAAAGUGCCGAGUUUGAGGAGGAGGAGGGCCAUGACGACGAGGAUCCGGGGAGUGAGCUGCACGACGAGAACAACGCCAUUACUGAGAUGGAGGUAGAUCCCGUGAACGAGGAGCCGAUGCCAGAGGCCAAAACAACCACAACGAUGUCCGUGACCACGACGACAUCGGGAAAGCGGUUCGUGCUUAAACGGCGUCUGCAGAACGGAUCCUUGUCCAGUCCCAGCAACGGCAAUGGCAACGGGGACUCCAGCAACGGCGGAAACACCAUCAUUCCCCAGUUGGUGGCCACGGGAACGAACUCCACGCCGGGCACCGCCACUCACCUAGGUCCCCGGGGUCCGAGCGGCAGUCUGAAGAUCCGGAAGAUCGAACCAUAACAUGAAGCGACUACUCUCUUCAGGAGAGAACAUCCCGAUCAUAAGCCCUACCUGCCCGCGCUCAUACAGCUGCCACAGUUGCGGCGCCCUUUGUAAAUAGACACCUCAUCGGUCAUUUUAUUGAGUACAUAUUAAUUCCAAUUGUUUCAUAAACGAGAAGGAGGAGGAGGCGGAAUGACACCACUUGAUGAGAACACUAAAAUAUAACAAGAAGACUACAUUCAUUUGUAUGCAAUACAAUACAAAUAAACACUUUUAUAAUAAUUGCUAGAGAAGUUAACAUAUUUUUGAACGUUUGAUUGCA